AUGAGAUCGACGCCAAAUUUCAUAAAAAUAUUUCAGGAUUGCAACUACAUUUUUUUUCACCUCUCCCUAUCUUUAGUGAAUGGGCAGAAUAAAUGCUACGAAUGUUUCGGACUCGGUUCAACGAAUUCACUCCUAGCGCAGACAGCAAGCCAGUACCCCAUAUCGAGCUGCUCGGAUAUCGGACAACAAACGGAAACAAGGGAUUGUACUGGGAAAUGCUUCGUACAAAACUUCACCGUUAAUUACAACUUUCAACAAGCAAGUAUAUCAAGCAUGGACGUCGAAUACCUGAUUCUUGGCUGCGGUGGAAAGAAAUCAGCUAAUGGCUGUCAGGACUUUUCUCAGUUACCGAAUUUUGAUGAAGUUAAAAGGCAGACAGAGAACGUGGUCGCGAAGCACGGAGGUCGGGUCACCAGUAUGCAGGGUGAAGCGUGUUUCUGCUCCGGGAAUCUCUGUAACUCGUCCACGUCCAACGCUAGAACGAGUGUCAGCUUGAUAACUCUCUGUUUGGCGACCUACUCGAUAACGAAGAUGACGCUUUGGAACUAGAAACACAAGAUAUUCAAAGGCCUUUGCUGAAGUCGAAAAACACAAAGAACUUUUUGGCCAUUUUUAAAAUUUUCUUAUUUGAUGGGGUGGGUAGGUGGCAUGGGAUUUUGAGGAAAUCAAUAUUUUCCACAUUUGGCUCGAAUGGAAUGCUGUAAUCAUAUCGCUACUCUCUAAAAUUUAGAGCGGUAAAUCAUCAUUAAUACUACCGAGGAGUUUGUUAAUAGCGUAUUUUCGGGAUCACUCCGGAGACGCAAUCUACAACGCACCAAUUCCUUUGAAAAUGCAAGUCAAAUCACAUUUGACAGCUAAGAGGUCUUUGUCGAAAGUUGGUGGACCGGGACAGCAGAUUGUCCGAAGAUUCGGACCGGAUACAAAAUUGUCCUGAUUCCAGGAGACACUGUUGUUUUGAUUCACCGAUUUUCGACAAAUGCUGUUUUCUCAUUGAAAGGAUUUCGACAAAGAUUCUGUGCGUUAUAUAAUACGUCUGCGUAGUGAUUGCGAAAAUGCCCUUAUGACAGGGGCGCGACCAUCGCUUAUGGUCAUGAUGAUAAUGAAGAAAUUAAAAUAAUAAUAACUGACAGGUGAAAAAGAGAAGAAAGAAGGAGCUAAAGAAGAAAACAAGAUUUUGCAGGCUGUAUAUUAUGGGUCCGGUAACUAUACGACUUCCCAAUUUUUGUCUCUGAUCUGAAAAAAAGAAUAAUGUCACUUCCUGCGUCACCUUGCAACGCUACAUCAAAAUACUCCGGGAUUGUCUCAGACCUGGGAAUCAACAAUUGGUUUACUCAUGGACCUAUUUUGUAAUAGGUAAAUGGUUUACUCAACUCAACAUAUAACAUUUUCAUUUAAUUUCGUAUAAAAAACAUCUUCGAUUUCACAGUUUUCCUUCCAUUGAACAUAUGAAUCCAUGGUCCCUGAAAGUGAUGAGUAACAUAACUUUUAGAGUACGUGUACACAUAAGAGAAUUCUUUUCAAAACUUGCCAGCCGGUAACAAAGUUGAAAGUCUGAGCCCCGUCUCUACCAGCCCGAUCAAAAUUGAAAAUAAUACGGCCAAACCACAUGUUUUUAAAAAAAUCAAUGGCGAUAAUAGAGCAUGCAAUAUUCGUUAAUACUUCAUAAAUUUUCAAACAUUGUUGUCAUGAUUUUUGAUAUAAGUUGUAGCAAAUCUUACUUUCGAUAUUUUUUUAAAGUAAAAUUUAGGGCGUAUAUAAUAGACUACAAGCCUAGCGAGUCUUUUUAAAACACUUUCUUUUUGGGACUGUGCAAUUUGAAAUUUUGUUGGAUCAGUGUGACCAUAGGAUCCAUGGUGUGACGAAUAUCUCGUCUGAUCGGAAAGUAUGCCGCGAAGUUGACUAAUAACCUCCCUGUAACUGAACGGGCAAUAGUUAAAUUAAUUUCCCUGAAAAUAGCUUUUAUAAGGAAAAAAAAAGGGAAUAUACCAAUGUAGUUAUCGACCAGUUGAUUAUGUUGUUAUAUCUAUCUUCUUUUAUAAAUAUUUUAGAUACUUCCGUAUGAAAGUAAAGAUAUGUUGAUUUGAUUUCGAAGAUAAUUUAUCUAUUCAACCAUUAUCUUCGUGGAUAACCAAGCAUUGGAGACAUCUCGGGCAGUAAUCUGAAUUAUAUCUUACAUUUAGCAGUGAAAAUGUAUAUAUAUGUGAAUCGUAGAUAUUAGUUACUGAAAUUAAUUUUUCUUAUAUUCUACCUUCAUGGACGAUAUUUUUUCAAUCUACAUGUAAAACAGAAAUGUUAAAUUGGUGUAAAGAUCCGAAAGGUAACCAUUGUGAUAAAUGGUCGAGUUGGCACCUUACGUUUAGUAAAAUGCUAAUAAUAUAAUUUAAUAGCGUUGGGUUCAAACAUCAGGUAAUUCUAAGUGCUAGGCUAAAAUUAUGAUAAUGUAUUUCCCAUGUGUUGAGAGUAAACAUAACUUUAUACUGAAAUUCAAAUCCUUCUUCCUUUAUUUUAAACAUGUACGUUCGUUCCGUCUUCCAACAUGUCUAAAAGUAAUGUAUAUAUUGAUAGACUAGUAGGCCCAAAUGUAGUCCUUUUAUUUUAUUUAAUCAAUUUUAUAACCUUUUGCAUGGAUGGUACGAAUGCAGGACAGACGAAUUUUAAUUCUUGCAACAAUUAUACAUGUUAUCAACGCAGAUAUGGGUUUCGUCCAAUAAAAAGAAUUAUAUAUUCUAUAUACAAUUCCA